UUUUAUUGUACGACCCAAUGGAAAUUGUAUCUGAGACCAAGGAUCUAUUUCGUUCUCGCUUUCGUCAAAACCAAACCGAGAUGGGGUAUAUUCAAUGCGAGUCCUCACGAACUGGGUCUUCAGCUGAGUCCGUUCGAUGAAGCUAUAUAAACAAAGAAUAGAUAGAUGGCCCUAACUGAGCGAGAUAACAUCUCCAUCGCGGAAAUUGUUGUCUAUGUACCUGCACUAUUCAUUGCAAUAUGGCUGUCUAUACGCCACGGUUUUGGUCGUAACUCGGGAUGGCUCUAUUUGAUUAUCUUCUCAUUAGCUCGCAUCAUCGGAGCAGCAAUGCAACUGGCCACUAUACCGGAUCCUACCAACCUUAGUCUUCGCGUCGGAGCGGCAACUUUACAAAACAUUGGCCUAUCGCCUCUAAUUAUGGUCCAACUGGCCCUAAUUGGACGGGCUGCUGGAAGUAUCCAAAAGUCGACAACAUGUUUCGUGACCGAGAAACGAGUCCGCCUCAUCCACCUUCUUGUGCUUGUGGGCUUGAUCCUAGGCGCAGUCGGCGGCAGCCAAUCCGGACAGAGCCUUGCCGACACAGGAAAAUACACUGUCUCGAGUCUCUCGCAGGCCGGUACGGGCCUGAUGAUCGCCGCAUACGUCUUGCUGGCCUUUUCGACUGCUCUCGUCGCAAUGCAGAUGUCACAUAUGGAACUGGGAGAGAAGCGAUUGGUUUUGGCCGUAGGCGUCUCUCUCCCCUUCAUCCUCGUUCGACUAGCCUACUCGGCAGAAUCUCUGUAUGGACACAAUCCGGCCUUUAACCAAGUGACGGGCGACGUCAACAUUCAGCUUGGAAUGUCCGUCAUCAUGGAGAUGAUCGUCGUCGCCAUUGUCGAGAGCAUUGGAAUGACUUUGAAUAAGACCACAAAAAUUGCAGCUCAGCAGACGGAAGCCGAUUACGAAAUGGUACCACACAAAUAAAUUCCGGCUCCGGCAUCAUUUUGAAAGUAUGUAUAAAAAUACAAUAGUUAUAUAUAUAGACAUAGACAUGAUUCCAUAGUAUUUUAUUCGGACAUAUCAAUAUAAUGAUGAUAAUGAGGAAGAA